CUCCAAGCCGCUCACAGCGACAUUCCGGUCCGCAGCAGUCCGAGCGAAGUCCCGCUGAAGGAAGCCAGGAAGGAGGAGCAGGAAUGGCGUCGUUUUGGAGCCUCUCUCCGCGUCUCCUCUGCGCCUUUCUUCUGCUUUAUCUCUGCGGAUUUGGGAAUAGCAGUUUGGGAAACAAGAAAAACAACCAGGACAAAUGCACACUCAAGGUGGCGGCAGGCUUGGAUAGCUCGCGAAAACUUCCUGUUACCUUCAAAACUGACAACUGUUCAUUGUCGUAUCCGGUGGGUAAAUAUGUGAUCCACGAGGUGAUGGAUGUCUCCUUCUCCCAUCUCUCCUGUGAAGACCAGGCCGCGGUGGUCGUGCACUGGAACGCAAGUCCUCUCGGAAUUGAACAUAUUAAAGGGUUCAGGGUUUAUCUGGAAGACAAGAAUCCAGAAAGAAAACAGUGUCAACACCUGAUCCUCAAAGAGCCGCGGCAACUCAACUACACCUACAAGAGCAUGAGGUUGAGCAGUCAGCCGUUCACCAGUCUCUCCUUUGACACAGAUUACAUGAUCCGAGUUGUGCCUUUUCCCUCUCUGAUGAACGAGAGCUUCUUUCCUCCAUCUUUCCUUCGAACCAACUCCUGUGAGGUGCUGUUGGGAGCUGAGAGCCUCGUGUGUAAACCCUUCUGGAAGCCCAAGUCCUUGAAUGUGUCUCAGUUUGGCUCUAACCUCCAUGUGACCUUUGAUCCCGCCCCCUCGACCUUUCAUCUCAGUGUGUACUACUUUUACUAUAAACUGAGACAGGACGGACCCUUCAAGAUGCAGCGCUGCAAACCAGAUCUGAACCAGCCCAGAACCACCUGUAUCCUCUAUGACGUCACUCCUGGAACCUACAGCAUCGAGCUCAGAGACGACAGCAAUGUGACAAGGAGACAGACACAAUUCCAUGUCAGUCAAG